GUUGGACCACUCGCAAUGUGACCCUACGAAAAUAGACAGCAACACCGUUUCAGAAAUUCAGACAGAAAGGAUAGACUAACAUGAACCCUCCUCAAGUGUUAUUACACGGUUCCACCGUCUGGUGCUCCGAAAAAAAAAGAAAACCCACUUGGGUAGAUGAGAAAGAGUGGCAGGAUGAUGUGCCACAUUGCAAGUAGCGGUGAAUCGACUUCAUCACCAACUGUCGCCUCAUCAUAGGCUUAUCCAGCCUUCGAAAGGCUAUUGAGCAGAAGAUAGGAACAUUUGGCCAUGUCGUUGGCUCGGAUUCGCGACAAACAAGAUCUAGCAAUCGGGGGGUUUUGUGGCGCCUUUGGACAUGAGGAUAUCUGGAUAAAUACCAUGGCAUGGGCCAACGCAAAUAUUCCCCGUCCUCGAUUCCACCCUCCAAACUUAUCUUUUCCCGUUGAUGUGUUUCUCUUUUCUACUCAUCUUCUGGCGCACUCUCAGGAUGGACUGCCCUGUUUCCCACUCUACCCGUUUCCCCUUCUUUUUUUCCUCUUGGUGGUCGUCGACUCGUCGUCCACUGCCACCGAGUUCAAUAUCCGUCUCCACACAGACAAGCCCGAGAACCGUGCAUCCGCCGCCCGAGCUUCUGGUCGAGAUGGACCGUGAGAUCGCCGGGAGGGAGGCGAACGAGGAGAUCGAUAAUCUCAUCGGCCUGGACAAUGUCAAACGCCAACUUCGCGGAGUCCAGACGUGGGUGCAAAUAUGUCGGCGUCAUGGACGAGACCCCCGAAGCGAAUGGUAUAAUAUCGCGUUGCAAGGAAAUUCCGGCAUUGGCAAAACCACAGUGGCGCGGAUCUACGCAAAACUGCUGUUCUCCAUGGACAUCACCGACUCACGCCACAUCAGGGAGACUACCGGUGCAGAGCUGGCCUCGACCGGGAUUGCUUCCUUAUUCCAGACCGGAGAGGAAUCACGGUCCCUGUCGCAGCCAUCGACGGUGAUCAUCGACCAUCCCUACGACAUGCGAUCGAAUCAACCCGUGGUUGAGGAUCUCAUGCAGCUGAUGGAACUCCCCACAACCAAUCGACUCAUCGUGAUCUUCACCGGCGAUUCAGACGAGAUGGACAAGUGGCUGCGGGAACAGCCUCGCCUCCGUCGACUCACCUGUAGCAGCAUCCGGUUUCCGGAUUUCGACCGCGAUGACCUGUUGCACCUGCUCGGACGGUAUAUCAGCCAGGAGUAUCACGGGCGCAUGCAGGUAGAGGGCGGCCUUGAGGGUCAGUACAUGCAGGUGGCGGCACGACGACUGGCUCAUGACCGAACCAAGAAGGGACACAGCAAUAUCUACAGCGUGCGAGAGUUUGUCGCGGGAGUGGCUAGACGACAGGCGGAGUUUCUCACGGAUCAGCAGGACCGGGGAAUGGAAGAUGUGGAUCACUUCUUUUUCUCCAAGGAAGAUCUCUUGGGACUCCGCCCGACGGAAGUCAUAGCGAAGAGUGAAGCAUGGGCCAUGCUCCAGAAGAUGGUUGGCCAGGGCCCUAUCAAGACAUUCGUGCGCGAAGUCCUGGAUACGGCCGAAGAAAACUACUGGCGCGAGAUCCAGGGCCAGAAGCGUCUCGCAAUCCGACUCAACCGCACGUUUAUUGGUCCUCCAGGGACCGGGAAGACUACAGCUGCCCGCCUCUAUGUUCAAAUCCUGGCAGAUUUGGCCCUUCUUCGGAAUCCCACAGUUGUCUUUCAGCGAUUGUCCGAUGAGGAUGCCAUCGCCACGAUGCAGUCAAGUCCAUGUCAUAAUUUGAUUAUCGAUGUGGAUGCUGAGGUGGAGGAAAUCUCUCCACCUAUGGUCGAAGCAGUGUCGCAGAGAUUACUGAUUCCACAGGAUCAGACCUGCACCAUCCUCUUAGGAUCUACCAGUGCAAUCGACCGGUUAUUCUCUGAUCCGCGGGGACCCAAGAGAGCACCCCCCAUGGUUGUGCAGUUCGAAGCCUUGAGUUCCGAGGAUAUGAAAGAGCUGGUCGAGCUGAAACUGCAGGAGCAGGACGUGAGCGCAACUCCCGAAGCCCUGCAAGCCGCCUUGGAGAUCCUGGAGCACGCACGUCUACGCAAAGACUUCGAUUAUGCUCGAGCUAUCGACCAUCUCCUUAUUGCAGCACAUCGCAAUUUUACGGCCAGACAGACGGCCCCCGCCAAUAACUACGAGGAGCGGAUACUGGAGGCACAAGACUUCAGCAUCGAGUUAUCAAGUGUUCGCUCGGCGCUCUCGUUCCGCGAGGAACUUCGCCACACCAUCGUGCCGGAUGAUAUCAUCGCAGUUCUCAAACGCUACCAUAAUGAGAUGAGGGCUGCCUGGCUCGUAGGCCAGAAUCCGAUCGGGCGAAUGCCGUCUGCCUUUGUCUUCAAAGGAGCAUGUGGUACCGGAAAGCGAACCGUUGCGCGACAACUCGGCGCCCUGUACUAUCGGAUGGGAGUUCUGUCCAGUGAAGUUGUCGUUGAGUGCUCAGUAGCCGACCUGCUCGCGACCCAGGGGGCUCGUGAACAAUUCGCACGCAGUCGAGGUCAGGUUCUCUACGUCGAGGACGCCCACCACCUGGCCGAUUGCGAGAUCGCCUCGAAAGUGGUGGACGAGCUCGUCUAUCUCAUUCCUCGGCAGGAGGACCAAACCGUGGUGAUUCUGGCGGGCCAGACACCGGAAAUGGAUCAGCUCCUGGCCAACAGACCUCGUCUGUCGGCAAUUUUCCAGGAGGAGAUCGUGUUCCGCACCCCGACUCCGCGAGAGUGCCUGCGGCUCCUUGAUCGACGACUAGAAGAGAAGGGGGUCACGGGGACGCGUCCCUAUCUCUCGGAUCCGCAGUGUCCCAGCCAUCGCGAGUUCACUCGGGCUGUGCAGGUCUUGUCCAUGUUCCCUUGCUGGGGUAAUGCAAAGGAUAUCGAGGUGCUCGCACGAUGGAUGCUCUCUGCCGCUGUGCGCGUGACCCCUCUGGAGGGAUCUGCGCUGGCAGACCUGCAGCUGUCGGAGGACCAAGCGAUGACCUGCAUGAUCAAGCUAUACAACUUGAAACGUGACAGGCUGCGCUAUAACCAGGACCCGAAAGCGCGGACGUUGCCGAGGGUUCUGUCGCAGCCUCGAUGUGCUACCGAACGCGCUGGCGUGAAGUUUCCUGUCUAACGAUUGAAUGUGAAUAUGAGAAGCAUCUGUACAGGAGUUGGGAUAUUCAUUGGCAUGUUAUGAUUUUCAUUUGUACAAUUCAAAUUGACUAGUCUAUUCGUUACUUUUAUGAUAAUGCAUUCAUCACGGCCGAGAAGCGACAUGUUCGCAUUCUUCGGGGUACAUACCUC